CACAACUCAAAAUCGGGAAAAUCCUAUAUAUAUAAGCCGUAUCUCCUUACCUCCAUUGUCAAGCACAUAAGAGUGAGGCUUUUUUGGCUAUUGUUUCUUCGGAGAGAGAUGGGAAUGAAGUGGGUUCCUCGUGGUGCUGCGGCAAUUGUUCUUGCCCUAGCUCUGCUGCUACUGGGUUUUGCAGCAGAGGUCAGCAAUGGCGGAAUAACCAGCAGUUUCUUGAGGAAAUACGACCUUUCCAAAGACAUGACGCUGGACAGCGACGUGUUCAAAGCCCCUCCUGGCUACAAUGCUCCUCAGCAGAAAUUAAAGGUGCACAUUACACAAGGAGAUAUGGAGGGGAAGGGUGUUAUAGUGUCGUGGAUUACACCAGACGAGCCAGGCUCCAAUAUUGUGCUGUAUUGGGCUGAAGGCAAAGCCAAGCAGAAGAGUCGUGCUGAAGGGACGGUUUUGCAGUACAAGUAUACCAAUUACACUUCUGGUUACAUUCACCACUGUACCAUCAAAGGAUUGGAGUUUGAGACAAAGUACUACUAUGAGGUGGGGAUUGGAAGCAAAUCCAAACGCCAGUUCUGGUUCACAACCCCACCUAAACCUGGCCCUGAUGUCCCUUACACCUUUGGCCUCAUAGGGGAUCUUGGUCAGACUUACGAUUCCAACAAGACGGUCGACCACUACAUGUCCAAUUCGAUGAACCCACAGACGCUGUUGUUCGUGGGCGACCUGUCUUACGCCGAUGCUUACCCGUUGGGCGACAACACGAGGUGGGAUACAUGGGGAAGGUUCACUGAGAAAUUGGUCGCGUACAAACCCGCGAUUUGGUCUGCAGGAAACCAUGACAUCCAAGUCCUCCCUGAAAAUGGUGAGAACGAACCAUUUCAACCUUAUAUCAAACGUUACCCAACACCCUACAAGGAAUCAGGGAGUUCAUCUCCAUUGUGGUACUCUGUCAAGAGGGCUUCUGCCUACAUCAUUGUCCUCUCAAGUUACUCUGCUUCUGGGAAGUACACUCCACAAUACAAGUGGCUGGAAAACGAGUUCACCAAAGUCAACAGGACGGAGACGCCAUGGCUGGUAGUGGUGAUGCACGUCACGUUCUACACCGGCUACGACGUUCACUUCAUGGAAGGGGAGACCAUGCGAGUUGUGUACGAGAAGUGGUUCGUGGAGAACAAGGUCGACGUCGUCUUCGCCGGCCAUGUUCACGCUUACGAACGCUCGGAACGCGUGUCCAACAUCAAAUACAAGGUAACAAACGGGAUCUGCAACCCCAUAAAAGAUGAAUCUGCUCCCGUUUACAUUACAAUCGGAGACGGUGGAAAUCUCGAAGGAUUGGCUACUGGCAUAAUUGAUCCGCUGCCAGAGUACUCUGCUUUCAUCGAACCGAGCUUUGGGCACGCGAUCUUCGACGUAAAGAACAGAACGCAUGCCUAUUUCGGCUGGCAUCGGAAUCAAGAUGGGUAUGCGGUUGAAGCUGAUACCAUGUGGCUGCACAAUAGGUACUGGAAGCAGUCUUAAUUGAUCGGAAAUCCAUCAGUUUGCUAGCGCGAUGGAUGGAUUGCAGCUUAAGGAGUGUAUCGAUGUUUCAUCUAUUGGCUGGCUUUUGAUACGAUUCAAAUGGCAGCUUUGAUGUGAUUUGAAACAAUUGCGAGCUGGCUAAUAAAUCUAUUGGGGUUGGUUCUUCCAUUGUAUGCGUUCUUCUCACUUGGGGCACAGUUUCUCAGUGUAAUAAUAUGGAUGAACAUGACCUCGGUCGUCAUUUAAGCCAACCGUACCCAAAUCUUCCAAUCCAGUCGCUAACUGGGCCACAAUCUGUAUGUACAACGCCCCACCCCGUGUUGUUGGGUUUGGGCUAAGGCCCAGUUUCCGUCUCUUAGGGAAAGUUUGUUAACAAUAAUUGGAAACAGUAACCCACAUUUUUUUUUAUAAGGAUGAUAUAUAGGUUUACUUUUUCUGGUUUAGUUACUAUUCAAGAGAUUCGAAUCUGAG